AUGUGGUCCUCACCUCGUGCCAUGCCAUCGUCAUGGUCGAACCUCGUCUGCCUUUUGGUAGCGUUUAGCUAUCUCUUCACACCCAUCCCGAAAUCGAGACUACGCCGACUCCGUCUCCGCCGCCGGACCCACCUGGGCCGCCCGUACGCCCUCCAUGCCGACACCAUCUCCUUCAAGGACGGCCAGCUCCAGGGCACCAUCCUCAAAUCGCUCGACGACGGCGCCGAGUCCGUCCGCCUGCCCCUGACCGUGUCCUUCCUCGCCUCCGGCGCCGCCCGCGAGCGAUACAACGAGGUGGAGAAGCUGGCCAUCGUCGGCGGCACGACACUCGACAAGGAAGCCAAGGUCACCUCGCAGGACGCCCACGGGCUCGUUGUUCAGUACGGCGCGACGCAGUACGAGGCUCACGUCAAGUUCGACCCCUUUUCCGUCGACUUUAAGCGCGACGGCGUCUCCCAGGUCAAGUUCAACGAUAAGGGCUGGCUCAACGUGGAGCACUGGCGGGCCAAGGUCGACAAGCCCGAGCCCGAGAAGAAGGAGGGCGAGGAGAAUAACGAGAGCGCGGCACCGCCCGAGGGGGACAAGGGCGUGGACGAAAGCACGUGGUGGGAUGAGACGUUUGGCGGCAAUACCGACUCCAAGACGAGAGGUCCCGAGAGCGUAGCGCUCGAUAUCACGUUUUCGGGCUACAGCCACGUCUUUGGCAUCCCCUCGCACGCCACCUCGCUCUCGCUCAAGGAGACGCGUGGCCGCGAGGAGGGUCACUACUCGGAGCCCUACCGGAUGUACAACCUCGACGUGUUCGAGUACAUCCUCGACAGCCCCAUGACGCUCUACGGGUCCAUCCCGCUGAUGCACGCGCACCGCAAGGACUCGACCGUCGCCGUCUUCUGGCUCAACGCGGCCGAGACGUGGGUGGACGUGACCAAGCACAAGAACGCGGCAAACCCCAACGCGCUCGGCGCCCACGACAGGACCAGCACCAGCACCCACUGGAUCUCCGAGAGCGGGCUCUUGGACUUUGCCCUCGGCUACCACCAGUGCCGCUGGAACUACGUGUCGGACGACGACGUCAAGGACGUCAACCGCAAGAUGGACAAGGCCGGCAUGCCCUACGACGUCAUCUGGCUCGAUAUCGAGUACACGGAGGAGAAGAAGUACUUCACCUUUGACAAGGACAUGUUUGUGGACCCCAUCGGCAUGGGCGAGACGCUGGACAAGGAGGGCCGCAAGCUCGUCACCAUCAUCGACCCGCACAUCAAGAACACCAACGACUACCCCGUCGUGGCGGAGCUCAAGGACAAGGACCUGGCGGUCAAGAACAAGGAGGCCAAGAUCUUUGACGGCUGGUGCUGGCCCGGCUCGUCGCACUGGAUCGACAGCUUCAACCCGGCGGCGAUCGACUGGUGGAAGAGCCUGUUCAAGUACAGCAGCUUCCUGGGCACGCGCGAGAACACGUUUGUGUGGAACGACAUGAACGAGCCCUCCGUCUUCAACGGGCCCGAGACCACCAUGCCCAAGGACAACCUCCACCACGGCGACUGGGAGCACCGCGACGUGCACAACCUCAUGGGCAUGACCUUCCACAACGCCACCUACCAGGCGCUGCUGUCCCGCAAGUCGGGCGAGCUCCGCCGGCCCUUUGUCCUCACCCGCGCCUUCUACGCCGGCUCCCAGCGCUUCGGCGCCAUGUGGACGGGCGACAACCAGGCCUCGUGGGAGCACCUCGGCGCCGCCGUGCCCAUGAUCCUGAGCCAGGGCAUCGCCGGUUUCCCCUUUGCGGGCGCCGACGUGGGCGGCUUCUUCGGCAACCCGGACAUCGAUCUCCAGACCCGCUGGUAUCAGUCGGGCGCCUUCUACCCCUUCUUCCGCGGCCACGCCCACAUCGACGCCCGGCGCCGCGAGCCCUACCUCGCCCCGGAGCCGCACAAGACGAUUAUCGCGUCGGCGCUGCGCCUGCGCUACAGCCUGCUCCCGGCCUGGUACACGGCCUUCUUCCACGCCCACCGCGACGGCAGCCCCAUCGUGCGGCCCAUGUACUGGACGCACCCGUCCGAGGAGGCGGGCUUCGCCGUCGACGACCAGCUCUUCGUGGGCAGCACCGGCCUGCUCGUCAAGCCCGUGGUGGAAAAGGACAAGGUCACGGCCGACAUCUACAUUCCCGACGACGAGGUGUAUUAUGAUUACUUCACCUACGACACCCUCCCGACCAAGAAGGCGCAGACGCUCACCGUCGACGCGCCCCUCGAGCACAUCCCCAUCCUCAUGCGCGGCGGCCACAUCUUCCCGCGCCGCGACACGCCGCGCCGCUCCAGCGCGCUGCAGCGCUUCGACGACUAUACCCUCGUGAUCUCGGGCCAGUACAUUUACCGGCGGUUCGCCCUCGAGGGCGACGCCAUCACGUCGGUGGACGCCGAGGGCCGCGCGGCCAAGUCGGUCCGCCCGGGCGCGUGGAUGAAGCAGAUGAAGGACGUGGCCGUGGACAAGAUUGUGAUUGUGGGCGCGCCGGCGUCGUGGGAUACGAAGGAGGUGGAGGUGACUUCGGCGGGCAAGACGUGGACGGCGCCCGUCAAGUACGUCAAGGGCAAGGGGAGCAAGACGUCGUUUGCCGUUGUGGGGCGAGUGGGUGCCGCGAUUGGCGAGGACUUUACCGUCAAGGUUUUGUAA